AAACACAAAUUUAAACCUUUAACUCUGUGUGACAAACAUUUUAGUUUUAUACGUUUUGUAUCAGAUCCUAUUUAUUUAUCUCAUCUAUCUGCAGCUUUAAAUCAAAUGUUUUGGAAACAUUAUAAUGUUUAGGUGUGAAAUAAUUUGUAAAUGUAAAUGAGCAUUAAGACACAGUGAUGCUGUCAGGCUGCAUAGUUAUAAAUAAAUGAGGCUGCAGCUGAAAGCAGAAGCAGGAAACAUUUUCAUUAGAACAGGAACAACGUUAAAAAAGUUAAACUUGAUAAAAGAAAGAAGAACCGUUGGAGUCUCAACAUGAUCAUCGCCUGGUUCUGCCUCGUCUGCCUCUCUCUGCACAUCACCAACAGCAGAACCGCUGAUCCUGUGACGCGUUUUUAUGGAGUUCCUGGAGGAAAAAUCAACAUUAUAUGUUCCUUUCCUUCAUCUGGAAAAUGGAAGAUCUUCUGCAGGGAAAACUGUAAAAAAAAAAUUCUCAUUGAAACACAUGAAACAUCAGAUGAAAAUGGACGAUACAGGAUUGGAUCUGAUGGGAACAAUCAACAUGUUUUUGUUGUGAGCAUCUCGGCGCUGACCCAGUCCGACUCAGGACGGUACCGAUGUGGAUGGAGGACAUUUUCAUCCAGAUAUUCAUACCAGGACUUUGAACUGGUUGUUGCUGAAGCUGUGUUGGAUGGAAACGACGUUCCUGACCUUUUUAAAGAAGCUGGCAGCUCAGUGACAGUCGCCUGUUCCUUUAAAGACUCUGGGAGAAAACGACGGUUCUGCAGAGGAAAAUGUGAAGAAGUUCUUGUUGAGACUGAUAGAGUCAGAGCUAAAAGAGGCAGAUACAGCAUUGAAACCUCAGGAAAAGUUCUGUAUGUGAGCAUCUAUGCACUGACCCAGUCUGACUCAGGAUGGUACCGAUGUAACCUGGACGUGGCGUUUGACCGAGAUCCAUACAGAGACUUUUAUCUCAAAGUUACAGACGCAGUCAAACUGACAACAACAACAGCAACAACAACCAGAAGUUUCAGCUCCAGUUCAGCAAAUUUCACUUCUACAACAACCAGGAGUUUCAGCUCCAGUGCAUCAAGUUUCACAUCUUCAGGUUCCUCUGCACCCACCGACCGUCCAGCUCUGAGUGAUGGCAAUAAAUCAUCUCCAGACGUUCUGAUAAUUGUGGGUCUGGCUCUGGCCUUCAUCAUCAUCAUCAUCUUAACUGUGGCUCUGCUGGUUUUCUGCAGAAACCGAUCACAGAAGCAUGGCAAAGAUCCUGCUGUGAAAACAAAGAAAACUCCUGCUGUUGAGACUAACAGAGUUUAUGAAGAAGUCAGAGGAGAUGAGAUGAAAUCUGUUCCAGUGGAAAUCUCCACAGUUUACAGCUACGCCUCCUACAGUAAACCAGCUGCAGCUGAUGGCGUCUACAGCCUGGCGACGGCAGCUCUUCCUCUGGACAAGGCUGAAGAUGAUUUGACUAGACCAACCUACGCCCAGGUGAGCUUCUCCAGCAGAAGUUCGGACUAUCCGCUGAGACCUUCAGACGACGUGGUUUACUCUGUUCCUCGGGUUGCUGUUGGCAGCCAUGUUGCAGAAGAGUCUCUGUACUCCAAUACGGCGUAACUUCAGAGAAACCGGCUUUAGUCUGGUCCAAGCUGAAACGGGCAGAUGAUCCACUUUAACUUCUUUUUAUCCAUUUAUUAUUGUUUUUUGUUAUUAUAUUGAAUUUAAAUGUAACCUUUGAUCUUUCAAGUCGACUUUCUUUCUGAUUCAUUCAGAUCAGAACAACUUCUGGUUUUGUCAGAGAUCGUCUUUGCCUGAUGGGCGGAUGAAAAAGUCUCUGCUCUGUAAAAAUGUCUGUUAUUUCUCUGGUUUUGUUACAAACUUCUGGUUAAUAAAUUAUUUCCACAGUUA